GGUUCUUCCCAACUCUUCGAUCCCGGCAUGAGGAGCGUGGCGAGAAGACUCAGGACUUUCCAGCGGUGGCCACGCAGCUCGCCCGUGUCCCCCCGAGACCUGGUCGAGGCUGGGUUCUUCUACGUGGGCCCCAGGGAUGAAGUGCAGUGCUUCUGCUGCGGGGGUGUCCUGAAGGACUGGAGACCCGGGGACUGCCCCAUAAUAGAGCACCUCAAUUUCUUCCCUUCCUGUAAAUACAUCUGCGGUGAGGACGUCGGGAACCAGGAGAUGCUGUCUCUUCAGGAGAUCUUUGACACUGUGGACGGGCAGUUCCUCAGUCUCUUGCAGGGGAUAGUCAGUGAGGAGACAGCCCUGCCCAAUGAACCAGAGUACCCCGAGAUGGUCACGGAGGAGAUGAGACUCUCUACCUUUCAGAACUGGCCGCAAAACUCCGACGUUCAUCCAGAGCAGCUGGCCAGAGCAGGAUUCUUUUACACAGGACGAGGUGAUGUAGUGAGAUGCUUCUACUGUGAUGGAGGUGUGAGGAGCUGGUCGUUCGGAGAUGAUCCUUGGAGGGAACAUGCCAAGUGGUAUCCAGAGUGUGAAUUUUUAUUGCAUUCAAAGGGGAGAGAAUUUGUUAACAGUGUUCAGGAGACCUUUUCUACCACCCUGCUAGCUCCAAGACAUUCCUGGGAUCAGACUGAACAGGACUCCCCUCCUUCCCAAGAUCCUCUGAGCGCUUGGGAAGAGCUGGCUCAUCCUUCUCAGGAUCAGCGUAACAUAGUGCACAAUGUCCUGCAGAUGGGCUUUGACCCCACUUGUGUGGCAAACCUGGUAGAGAAUAAAUUCAGGUUGACUGGGGCUUUCUACCUUUCUGAGUCUGAACUGAUCUCAGAGCUGCUGCAGUCGGGCAGGGCAGGGAGCAGAGGUAGUGCAGAGUCAAGAGAUCCUGUUCGGAGGGAGGCUGGAACAUCGAGAGAAGAAAUGCAAACUGUGCAGCAAAAGGAAUCAGAUGAGUCUCAGCUGAGCACAGAAGAACAGCUCCGCCGCCUGCAAGAGGAAAGGAUGUGCAAAGUGUGCCUGGACAGAGAUGUGUCUGUUGUGUUUGUCCCUUGUGGCCACCUGGUAGCUUGUGGAGAAUGUGCCCUCAAUUUGAGGUUGUGUCCCAUCUGCAGGGCUGUCAUCCAGGGGAGCGUGAGGACUUUCAUGUCCUGAGCCAUGAUGAUGCACCCAAGGGGAAAGAUAAGUCCAUACAGCUCACUCAUAACAUAGCAGAGGA